CCAAAUUGAAACGAGGGAGUACAAAUUUUCCACCAAAUGACAAAAGAAGUUAAGAACGGUUCAAAGGGAAGUGACACUUUUGUAUUUGGUGCAACUGCUCUAUCAAUCUCCACCUGUUUGUCCUUUUGUUUCCACUUCAACCCCUUUUCCUCUCUGUGUUGUAUGUACAUUUCUUCUUCUUUUCAUACUUUUUUUCUUAAUAUUUGAGUCAAAUUUUCAUUUUCUUGAUUUGGGGUUGUCAUUUCUUGGCUUAUUGUUUUCCCACAUUCAGCUCCAUACACAAAUUUUCUUGCUGAUAAAGAAAAAAACCCAUUCUUGAUUUUGAUUUUUUCUUCCUGCUGUUUUUUACCAAUCUUGAUUUGGUUCAGUUUUGAGAAAAGGGUCUGCAUUGAAUUUUGAUAUUGUUUAACAAAAAGGGGUCUUUGUUUGAAAUUAAUCUUGGAUAAAGAUUUGAUUUUUGAGAAAAGGGUGUGCAUUGGAUUUAGCUAUUGGUUAGUAAAAGGGGUGUUUGUUUUAGAUUAAUCUUGGAUUUAUUUGUAUGGUAAAGUGUGAUUAAUGUUGAGGGAAAGUAUAAAGAUUUGAUUUUUGGUGUGAGUUAAUGUAGGAGUUUUGAGGAAAGGGUCUGCAUUGGAUUUAGAUAUUGAUUAAGAAAAAGGGGUGUUUGAUUUAGGUUGAUCUUGAUUUAUUUGUAUGGUAAAGUGUGAUUAAUGUUGAUGGAAAGGAUAAAGAUUUGAUUUUUGGUGUGAGCUUAAUGUAGGAGUUUUGUUUAGUUUCAUUUAGAAUGAAUAAUUGAAUGGUUCUUGGAUAUUAUCACGUGAUCUGUUUUAAUGGUCUAAUUUUGUUGAAAAGAUUGAUGGUAGUUUUGGAGCAACAAUGGUUAAUGGUAGCUUGUAGGAUGUGUUAGUUGUUAUUUGAUGAUUUAGAGUGUUGCAAUGGCAGAGAGAAAUGUACAUUCGUUGGGAUUUUUUGGUCGAAAAUCCUUAUUUAGUAUGUUUUCAAUCACUUCGAUAUUUUUUAUGUUAUCGUUGUUAUUUGUGAUGCGUUCAACUGGUAGGCAUCACUUAUUUUACCUCAAUGUAUUACCCAAGUCCAAGAUUCUUGCUUUGUCUGAAGAAGGUUAUCCACAAUCUCGUACUGAAAGUGAUUAUGUUUCUAACGAACGAACAUUUAAUAAGUAUGAUUUGCUUAAGUGCAAUCCUAGUAAACAAAUCCUCAAAGUUUUUAUGUAUGACUUGCCCCCGCAAUUUCAUUUUGAACUCUUGGGAUGGAAGGCCGAGGGAAAGAGAAUCUGGCCGGAUAUCAGGAAAAUGGUUCCUCAUUAUCCAGGUGGACUAAACGUGCAGCAUAGUAUAGAGUAUUGGUUGACAUUGGAUCUUUUGUUGUCUGAAUUUACUGACAAUUUGGAUGGUCGGAGUGCUAUAAGAGUGCAUAAUUCAAGUGAAGCUGAUGUUAUAUUUGUUCCUUUCUUUUCAUCGGUUUGCUAUAAUCGGUUUUCAAAGGUUAAGCCACCACAGAAAAGAAUCACAAAUGUCUUGCUCCAGCGAAAAUUAGUUGCCUUUUUGACAGAACAAGAGGAAUGGAAAAGAUCGGGUGGAAAAGACCAUAUAAUUCUUGCACACCAUCCAAAUAGUCUUUUGGAUGCAAGAAUGAAGUUGUGGCCUGCAAUGUUCAUACUUUCCGACUUUGGUAGGUAUCCUCCCACGGUAGCUAACGUUGAAAAAGAUGUGAUUGCACCUUACAAGCAUGUAAUCAAGAACUAUGACAAUGACACUUCUGAUUUUGAUAGUCGACCAAUUUUGCUCUACUUCCAGGGAGCUAUAUACAGAAAAGAUGGUGGAACUGUUCGACAAGAGUUAUUCUAUAUGCUGAAAGAUGAGAAAGACGUUCACUUCUCCUUUGGAAGUAUACUAAAAGGCGGAGUAAAACAAGCAACAAGCGGUAUGCACUCUUCUAAAUUCUGCCUUAACAUCGCGGGUGACACUCCUUCAUCAAACCGUCUCUUUGAUGCUAUUGCAAGUCACUGUGUACCAGUCAUCAUUAGCGACGACAUAGAGCUUCCGUAUGAAGAUGUUCUCGACUAUACAGAGUUCUGCAUAUUCGUUCGUACAGCAGAUGCUCUCAAACAAAACUUCGUCAUAAACUUCAUCAGGAGCAUCACGAAAGAAGAGUGGACUAGAAUGUGGACAAGGUUACAAGAGAUCGAAAAUAUGUUUGAGUAUCGAUAUCCUUCCAAGGACAACGAUGCUGUUCAAAUGAUCUGGCAAGCUAUCGCUCGUAAGGUUCCUGCUAUCAAUUUUAAGGUGCAUAAAUCCGCGAGAUAUUCUCGAUCACCUGUUUCGAAGGAAGAAGGGAUGAAGUCAUUUCCCUUGCCAAAGAAUAUUUUGUAAGGAUUUUGAAUGUUUUGUCAACAACAGCAGAAAUUUUUUACACAGUUUUGGAACAUAACUAAUGUUUGCAAACAACAGUUUAUAGUAACAGAGAAAAAAAAAAGUUGUAAUUUUUAUGUAUCAGUUAAGAAAUCAAUUGAUCAAUUUGUUCAUUCAUUUAUUU